AUGUCGCAUCGACGCGAUAACUCGGAAGGGAGAGCCACACGUUCCAGGCCUGAAGAUACAAUACAGGGUACCUGCCAGGCCUGCAACGCUACAGACAAUUCCCGAAUGCUCCAGUGUGAUACAUGUGAUGACUGGUACCACUUCGACUGUGUGGGUGUUAACCAAGAUGUCGAACAUCAAGAUUGGCUUUGCUCGGUCUGCGAAGAGAAGCAGCAUGCCAAAAACAAAGAGUCGACAAAAGCGAAUGCCCCAACGGAAUCGCUCGUAAGUACAUAUGGUACAGUGGUCAUCCAGGAACACACUACCAGUGUACCAUUUAUUACUUCCUCCGAUCUCGUAAUAAACACGUCUGUAACAUCAUCUACGAUAUUUCCGCCAAAUACAUUCUGUUCUUCAAUCGGGCAAAAUUUAAUUAUGCCACCAAACUCCCUUAUGCCACCUCACUCGCUUAUGCCUCCUUAUUCAUUCAUGUCGCCUUUUUAUAUGAUGCCACCGUACCAAUCAAUGCCAAUGAAUAGUCAUAUGCCGCCAAUGCCAUCGAUUCCGCCCUAUUGUUUGCCAAAUCCGCCCGUUUUAUCGUCCAGAGUGAAUCAAGACUUAUGUUAUACAGUGCCAUCAUAUGCUGCCCAAUGUAUUCCGUCAGUUUCUAAUAAAGUUCCCCCAAAGUCUAUUUCAUUCGUACCAACAACUGUUGCAAAAGAAGGUCCACAAAAACAGCUGCCGGAGCUACUGCAGUCAAACCAUCCUCCGAAGACCAAGCAACAAGCUUUAGGGGAUAACUUGAGCCAGUGUUCCAAAGCAACAUCUAGAAGGUCCACCAAGCAGAGACAGUUGGAGUUGCAAUUGCAGAUGUUGGAAGAAGAGAGAAAAAUUCAAGAAACGGAAGAAGCAAAUCGACGUGAGUAUCUGCGAAAACGACACGAGCUCAUGAAGGAGAUGGUCAACGACAACGCUUCGGUGAUAGAUGUAGAAGAAGAACGAUCGAAGAAGAAGGUUUCAGAUUGGUUGAAUGGUGCUGCUGGUGCUGUUUCUCAAAAGUUACAUUGUUUUCCCGUACUCAAUCCAUUGCCAUCGGUUUGUCAACAAGCACCUCGUGAACACGAGAUUUUAGUUAACAGGCAGCCGCUACAGCAGUCUACGCCAAGACAGAACCUAGCAGAGGAGGAGAAUAAUCACAAUUUGACGCGUAACCAAGUCGCAGCCCGUCAGGCCGUCUCACGUGAGCUGCCAGUAUUCAGUGGUGUGCCUGAAGAAUGGCCGUUGUUUUAUUCCACGUUUACGACAACCACUGACAUGUGCGGGUAUACACCGAUCGAAAAUUUAAUUCGAUUGCAGAAAUGCCUUAGAGGGAAAGCGUAUGAGGCAGUUAAAUGCAGACUGAUGCAUCCGACGAACGUUCCCGGUAUAAUUUCAACGUUGAAGAUGUUGUUUGAAAAUCCAGAAGUGAUUGUGAAGAAUUUAUUAUACAAAAUCCACUCGACGCCGGCUCCUAAGGCUGACAAGCUGGACACCCUUAUUGAGUAUUCUCUUGCAGUACAGAAUCUCUGUGCUACGAUUGAAGCUUGUCAGUUAGAAGAGUACUCCUACAACGUAGCACUGUUGCACGAGCUUGUAGAUAAACUCCCACCGUCUUUCAAGGUUGACUGGGCAAGAUAUCGCCGUAAUUUACAACGGGUGCACCUCGUGACAGAGUGGUUAUACGAUUUAGCAGAAACAGUGUGCCCGAUCGCACGUCUCACGAACGAAACAAAUGCCAGUCGAGGGAACAAGAAAAGUUCUGCUUACGUCAAUACGCACAGAGAAGAAGAUUCCAGACAUCAGCCGGUUAAGACAGAUCAUCAAGCAAGUGUGAAUCAGUCCAGUUCGUUUCCUACAGGGUGCGUCGCUUGCAAGGGAAAGUGCUCGAAUCUGGAGAAAUGCCAGCGGUUCAACGAGCUAUCGUAUAACGCUCGAUGGGCGAUUAUAAAGGAGUUUACGCUAUGCAGAAAGUGUCUUAAGAAACACAAAGGUAUUUGUAAGUCCAAGCAAGUGUGUGGGAAAAAUGGUUGCAUAUUUAAACACCAUCAGCUUCUUCACAACGACCAACGGGACAAAUCAGGAGUUGCUGAGGGAACAAGCACUACUAGCAGAGUCGAUCAGGAAUCGUGUGCAAUUGCUCAAACCACUUCCAUCCGUGAAUGCAACGCACAUUACAAGGAAACAAACAAAGGGCUGUUUCGUGUCGCUCCAGUCAUGAUACAUGGUCCCUGUUCUUCCAUAAAAACUUAUGCCUUCCUAGAUGACGGCUCAUCGCUUACGCUGGUUGACGCGUCACUAGUCCAGGAGUUGAAUCUGUCCGGAAAGCCGGAUCCAUUGUGCCUCAAGUGGACCGGAAAUAAGCGCCGGCUUGAAACAGAUUCGCUGAAGCUAGACAUUGACAUAUCGGGAACGGGAGAAACUCAGAAAAAGUAUCGCUUGCAAGGAGUUCACACUGUAACAAGCCUGAAUCUCUUCCACCAGUCAGUGGAUAUGCAAAAGCUAUCCCACCAAUAUCAGCAUCUAAAAGGAGUUCCUAUCGAGUCGUACUACAACGUACAGCCUCGAAUAUUGAUUGGAAUCGACAACGCCAAUAUUACCUUACCGCUUAAAGGAAGAGAGGGGAAAAUGCAAGAGCCUAUUGCAACUAAGACUCGGCUUGGCUGGAUCGUACACGGAGGCUCCGAAACAGGUGAUGCUCUGGUUGUACAUCAUACCGUUCAAAUCUGCUCUUGCAGUAAACAGUGCGAUCAAAUAUUACAAGAAGCCGUACGUGAUUAUUUUUCCUUGGGAGGAUUGGGGAUCUGCGAGUCACGACAACCAGUAAUAUCCAGUGAAGAACAACGUGCACAGCAGAUUUUGAAAUCCGUCACCCAAUCAAAGAGUGGGGGAUAUGAAGUUAGUCUGCUCUGGAAGUUUAACGAAAUACGCCUACCUAACAGCAAGCCUGCAGCCUUGCGACGCUUCCAUUGUCUCGAGAAUAGGAUGAAAAAGCAGCCGGAGCUGGCCGCAGUACUGCGAGCAAAAAUAGAUGACUAUCGGAAGAAGGGGUACAUUAGAAAGUUGUCGGAUGAAGAGUUACAGCAACCACAAAAGCGGGUCUGGUAUCUCCCACUCUUUCCAGUGUUCAACCCAAAUAAACCUGGUAAGGUGAGGAUUGUUUGGGACGCAGCAGCGAAGACCAACGGUAUUUCACUUAACUCGAUGCUGUUGAAAGGGCCUGACUUACUGACUCCUCUAGAUUACGUGCUCUACAGGUUCCGUGAAUUCCGAGUUGGACUUAGUGGCGACAUUAAGGAAAUGUACCUGCAGAUGCUAAUGUCCAAAAGAGACCAACACUGUCUUCGAGUACUGUGGUGUGACGAUUCAACAGGCGAACCUAGCACGUACGUGACACAGGUAAUGCCUUUCGGAACCUGCUGUUCACCUUCAUGGGCGCAGUACAUAAAGAACUUCAAUGCAAGCAAGUUCGAGAUACAGUACCCAGCCGCGGCCCACGCGAUCAUAAGACAGCAUUAUGUGGACGACAUGCUGGUGAGUGUUGAGUCCGAUGAUAUUGCAAUUCGGCUCGCAAAGGACGUGAAGUUCAUUCACGCUCAGGCCGGAUUCGACAUGCGCAACUGGGUCUCCAAUUCGCAAGAAGUGAUAGAAGCCAUGAUGGAACAAACGACUGACGAGAAAAAUCUCAACAUCGGCUCAGAGCUGGGGACAGAAAAAGUUUUGGGUAUGUGGUGGUGUACGGCAACAGACAAUUUCACGUACAAACUAUCAGCAAAACACAACCGAGACUUGCUAGCAGGAGCGCGGAAACCUACGAAGAGGGAGGUGCUGAGCACUCUUAUGGCAGUCUUCGACCCGCUGGGAUUAAUAUCAAACGUCCUCGUCUACCUGAAGGUGCUUUUCCAGGAGAUAUGGCGAACCGGCAUCGAUUGGGAUGACGUGAUUCCUAAAAGUUUGAAUGAAAAGUGGGAGAAAUGGCUCGAGAUUCUUCCUAAGGUGCAAGACGUGAGGAUACCCCGUUGUUAUCGUUCCCUCAUUUCACUGAACCCAGAAAUAACCAUCCAACUUCACACCUUUGUCGAUGCUAGUUUGUCUGGGUUUGCCGCAGUCGUUUAUCUACGUUUCGAGCAGGGUAGCAAUGUAGAAUGCGCGAUAGUGGGCGCGAAGACGCGGGUGGCUCCCCUCAAGUUUCUUUCUGUUCCAAGGUUGGAGCUGCAGGCAGCAGUUAUCGGAGUCAGACUGGCGGAUAGAAUAACUAAGUCUCUGUCUUACACCAUAAACAGGAGAUUCUUUUGGAGUGAUUCGCGUGAUGUACUGUGUUGGAUCCAGUCGGACCAUCGACGUUAUUCACAAUUCGUCGCCGCUCGUAUCAGUGAAAUUUUAGAGACAACAGAAAUGACAGAUUGGAGAUAUAUCGGGACCAAAGAAAAUGUUGCGGACGAUGCUACUAAGUGGGAACGUCUACCAGAUCUUACGGAAGGAAGCAGGUGGUUCAAAGGGCCAAGUUUUUUGGGGGAGUCGAGUGCUAGUUGGCCUGCUGACCCAUACCGGGUCAGCUCUACGAGCGAGGAACUUCGCGCCAAUCUUUUUCACCAUGUAGAGGUUCCAGUUCCGGCGAUAGAUGUCCACAGAUUUUCUCGGUGGAGGGUGCUGCUCCGGGCAACUGCAAUAGUGCUGCGCAUCAGUCACAAUUUCCGUUGCGUGAUUACAAAAAAUCCACGAAGAGAUGGGCAAACCACCGCUGACGAGCUUCGGGCGGCAUCGAACCUUCUAUUUCGGCAAGCUCAAGCAGAGUCGUUUCCAGAGGAGUUAGGCAUACUGUUAAGUACAGAAACAUCCAAGAAGUCUCUAAUGAAGUCUAGCUCGAUAUAUUCAUUGAACCCUUUCCUCGACGAGCAUUACGUGUUGCGAAUGCACGGUAGAAUUAGUGCGUGUAAAUACGCUUCCAUGGAUGCAAGAAAUCCAAUUAUAUUACCACAUAAUCACCACGUUACUUGGUUGGUUGUGAAGAACCAUCAUGAACGUUACCAUCACCGAAACCACAACACCGUUUUAAAUGAGUUACGACAAGUGUACCGGAUUCCGAGACUGAGACGACUGUACCAGAAAAUCAGAGCUGGGUGUCAAGUAUGCAGGAAUGAUAAAGCAACUCCACGACCUCCUCCAAUGGGUGAUUUGCCUGAAGCGAGACUGGCGGCAUUCACGAGACCUUUUUCCUUUAUUGGAGUUGACUAUUUUGGGCCUCUUACUGUAGUGGUAGGGCGUAGAACAGAGAAGCGGUGGGGUGUGCUAGUGACGUGUUUAACCGUCCGUGCAAUACAUUUAGAGCUCGCGCAUUCGCUCAGUGCGGACUCAUGUAUAAUGGCACUAAGAAAUAUGAUGGCAAGGCGAGGUGUACCAAUAAAAAUUUAUAGCGACCGCGGAACGAAUUUUACGGCAGCGAGCAAGGAGUUGAGGGUGGCUCUCCAGGAAAUGAAUCAAGAGGCAGUUAUUCGAGAGAUCGUGAGCCCAGAUACGGAGUGGGUUUUCCUUCCCCCAGCUUCACCGCACAUGGGCGGAUCCUGGGAAAGGCUUGUACAAACUGUGAAGAAAAAUUUACGCGAAAUAAAUCCAGGACGAAAUCCGACAGACAUGCUGGCAUGCUGGCUGAGGUGGAAAACACCGUAA